UUUUUUGGAUGCUUCACCCUCCUUUCCCAUCUAACGUUGCCCAUCAAUCAAUCGCCUUUGGUUCUCAUUUUUCCUUCUUUCUUUUGUCGUCGUUUUUGUGCAUUCUUUUCCCUGCCUCUACCACCAUAUCUCAACCAACGACUCGAUUUUUCCUCCCGUUUGACCAUAAGCAUACCCGGAAUCUCUUCGCCUCCUUUGUUCUCAACAGCGAUCUUACACUGGGCCUCGUCACCGUCGAGCCGACCAGAAUAUUGAAAUUGUGUCAAAAUUUGCCCAAGAUACAUACGACUUGAGGCUGCCGGGAAACAUGGCGUAUCCAAUGCUACUUGCCGCUCUUCUAUUCUUGGUUCUUAGCCUCUCGGCCACGUCUACUGACAGC